AGUGUUGGUUAUUUGAUGACCAUGCCAAUAACUGGUCUCUUGACAAAAUAUGGCUUCGAUGGAGGAUGGGGCUCUGUUUUUUACUGCUUUGGCGUUUUUGGUCUGCUAUGGUAUAUGGUAUGGCUCCUUUUUGUUCACGAGACACCAGAACAACACCCUAGCAUGUCUGUUGAGGAACGAGAGCUGCUUUCACACAACGACAAGGAUUUAAACAAGGUUGGCAAAGUAAACGUUCCAUGGAUGAGUAUUCUGAAGUCACUUCCGGUCUGGGCAAUUGUUGCAGCUAACUUCUCGUUGGACUGGGCUUUCUAUGUUUUACUCAUUUCCAUCCCGAAAUUUCUGGUCGAAGUUUUUGACACCGAAAUUCACAAGAUGGGUUUUAUGGCCGCUGCACCGUUCCUGGUAAAAGGAAUCUGCACACCCGUCGCAGGUCUCUCUGCUGACUUACUAAGAAAAUAUACCUGGAGCACCAAAACUGUACGACGAUGCUUCUAUGCCGUAGGAACGUUAAGUACAGGAGCGUUCAUACUCAUUGCUGGAUAUACAAAUAGUGUUGCAGUUGUUGUAGUGUGUAUGGCAAUAUCAGGAGCAUCGACAUCCUUAUCGUAUCCUGCCUACACGGUCAAUAUGCUUGACAUAGCACCUCGAUGUGCAGGAGUCAUUAUGGGGCUGUGUAACACCUUGGGGACAACAGCUGGGUUCAUCAGUCCUAUUUUGGUUGGAUUUGUCACUCUGAAUCAAACGCUAGAGGAAUGGCAAACGGUAUUUUGGAUCAACGCCAUUCUCAUGUGUAUUGGAACAGGGUUAUUCUGCUCUUUCCUUGAAGGAGACAGACAAGCCUGGGAUGUUGUGGAGGACUCGAAUGACGACAGCGUUGACUCAUCUAAAAACAUCGAAGCAUUCGAACCAAACAACUAAACGACUAGUGUUGAUUCAUAUUCCUGAACAUCAUAAAAAACUCCUCCAUGGAAUUAUUCCAGAUCUAUCAAUAGUCACUUUACAAGAAUCUUUUUAGCAGUUACAUUUACAUCUUGCGGAAGAAAGUUUAAGUUUAUAUUGGAUAGAUUUUACAAUCACUUGUAUUGAUACUUUAAACUUGUAAAUUCUUUAUGAAACACUGACUUAGCCUAAUAUUUUAAUUUAUCUUUACACUGCACAUUUUCCAUUCAGUAAAUUUCCCAAUCGAGUCUCAUCCAGUGAGGUUUGCCUGAGGUCCUCCGCCAUGGUAGGGAAGGUUGGGAAUCAAAAUUUAACUGAAUGUGAUUGCUCUUGACAGAAACAAAAAGGAAUCUGUAUAUUAAGCUGCCGAGGUCCGGAGAAGGGAGAAAUUCCAGAAAGACAGGAAUUCGAAUCGGUUACUCUACGGGUUAGAAUUUAA